CCAAGUACCUCUCCGAUGCUACUAUGGCUAACUAUGUGAUGUCCAGCAAACACAAGUUGGGCUUGAUCAUGCUGAUGGAAAGCACACAAUGGCGUGCCCACCACAAGCAAGUGUUUCACUAUGAGAACGGGGCAUGGAUCAUGGUGUCCGGACUCAAGGUGGAGGCUUGGGAUAAUUUACUUGCCCUCGAAGGUCUUUUUAUCCAACUCGCCAUCAACCUGGAGGAAAAGUCUGAAGUUAUCGGGUGCUCUUGGACGGAUGCUGGGUCUCAUAUCAUGCAGAUUGUAUUGGACUCUAACGGGAUCAUGGCGACCUUGACGAAGCUCUUCCUCAUCGAGUGGGACACACCGAUGCCACGUGGUCUCGGAGUCUGUUUCGAGGAUGUUUAUCUCGAUGCAUCCUGGAAUAUGGCCGAAAAGUCUCCCGCGAACAACUGCUAUCUCAAGCUGGACUAUCCAUAUUACUACGAGAAUUCCAUGGAAUGCUACCCGGAUGUCAAUGUGCAGACUUUCAAGGAAAAACUCAGAGUCUUCCUCAUGUCCACGUACUACCAGAAUGCUCAUGGGUUUCAGAUCAAACUUUGCUUCCUGCAUGCCGCGUUCUGUAGAGCCUGUACUUCGAAGAUUCUCUUUCUCCUAGGCAGUGGAGGCGAUGGCAAAGGCAUGGAGGCCGUUCUUGAUCGCGCGCUCUUUGGUGAGUCCGGAAGCUCCACCCUAGAUUGCGGCGUAUUCCUGGAUCGAUCUGAAUUUCGCAAAUCGGGUGAGUUGGCUUGGAACAAGUCUAAUGUCAGGAUCCAAGAAAUGGACCACCAUGCCCGGUUCAUUGCGGACUUGUGGAAAAGGUUCGUCGUUGAUGAGGAGAUCGACUGCAGGGUCAAUUACGGCUUCACCAGCAAGCGUAAGUUCGGGGUCUCUAUGAAGAUUCAGGAGCUCAACUAUGAGAACAUUCCCGUCAUAGAGGAGUGUGGAGAUCGACGAAAGUGUUGUGAGCAGCUGAAAAGGAGAGUAGUAUGUGUCCGACUUGGCAAGGGCAGCUUCACAUCAGACUACGCUCGUGUGGACCCACUGAAUGGCAUCUUCAAACUUAUUCCACAGGAUGAGUUAUCAGCUUUCUUAUCUCAUCCUGUGACGGCAGCAAUCUAUUUUCGAGAUUGGUGUCUCCCCUUCUUCCAGGAGAACUCACUUCAGGAUUCUUUGACCUUGAUCAACAAUCUCGGCUCCGUCAGCGACCUGCUAGAAGCCGACACGGUAUGGUUGGCUACAUGCUUGUCCGGCAACAAGAUGCUACCGCCGGGCGUUACAGACCAGAAACUGAAGGAAUCCAAUGACCUCGUCGCGAUCGUGCACGCAGCGACUCCCCUGAGACGCAUCAUCAAGGAAUACCUCAUCCUGAAGGUCGAGGCAUUGCCUGGUUGUGCAGCAUCGUCGAAAGGGAAGCGCACCAAGCUGGUCAAUUUCGUGGAUGCGCUAGAUCAUACAGACGUGAACCUGUUCAAGCAGAUCGAUGCAACGUGCUUUGCGAAGCUUCUGAUAGAUUGGACGACAUUGCAGGAAUGCAUCCAGACAGAAGGAGGCGCCGAAGUCUUUGGCACGUAUGCUGAUUGGUCUUGUCCUUUCGAUCUGCUUCACACUCAAGAGAAGUGGGACGCCAAGGCCUUCACAUCGGACCGGGCAUGUAUGGAAGCACACAAAGCCAGUGGCUCCGGCGUCAUCGCGAGUGUUAGCUCCACAGUAACUACGCUGGAAGAAACCGCGGACAUUCAGGCUUUGAAGUCAUACAUGCAGCUCAAUGUAGACAGAAGACCAGAAAUGCUUCGACAGUACCUUGAGCGCCACGAGUGUCAUGGGCAUCAGUCCGGCAAGGAAUCAAUCAUUUCGGUCGAGUACUACCAGAAGCACUAUGGACGCUACAUGGCAAGGGGCCCAUCAGGUCAGAAGCUCACCAAGGAGGCUCGCAAAGUGGCUUUCGGUGGGGGGUGUGCUGAGGUCGACGCCGCAUGUUGCCAUCCUCGCCUUUUGGUCAGGCGCUUGAAAAGACUUGAUCUAUGGGACUCCUCAAAGUAUGUCAUGCUGGAGCUCUUCACAGACAACUUUGUGGCGUGGCGCCGAUGCUUAGCCAAGUACAUGGACAAGUCGCUCGAUGAUGCUAAGACAGAAUUGAUCCGGAUCUUCUACGGAGGACAGCCUAGUGUGCAAGCACCGUUUCUCUUGAAACUGUGUGACGAAGUGCAGAAGGCGGCGGAGGCUAUCCUAAAUCAUCCAAGCGCAUCUGCAUGGGCGAAGCUGUAUUCCGAUCGGCGCAAUCCGGAAUUCUCCAGACUGUCGGCUUUGCUAUCGUUUGACGAGGCUGAGAUGCUUACAGCUUUCAUGAGUGAGUGUUCUGCAUCCCCGAAUGUUCUCAUCUUCGACGGCGGCUACGUGAAGACCUCGUCCUAUCCAGAUGAGGUGGACAUGGUCAUUGCAUGUAACAAAGUUUCAGAGGAGCUUAUCCCAUUGCACAUCAAGUCCUGGGCCGAUAAUGUGCACCCCUCAGUUCUUCCACACGUCGCUUUGCGUCGUGGCGCCGUAGUGGAUCAUCGAGCCGGAGUGCCCGUCACCCAGAAUUGUUUGCUGUAUGCCUUCUCGUGUGUGGCUCCAGAUGUGGACAUGGACAAGCUGUGUGCCCAACAUCUCCAGAAUGAGUCCAUGAGCGCUGCAGAUUUGAAUACAUCACUCUUGCAGAUCAUUGAAGAAGACGCAACGACUUGCUUGAGAUUGAUCCACACCCCGGACACCGAGAUGGUCGAGAGAUCUCAACCAGCAUGGCUCUGUCAUCAAACACUUGGCGACAACCAAGGUCACUGGUGGGCAGCACUAUUCCCAGAAACGGGCGGCGUCGCUCUCCUUGAUGGCUGGUCAGAGAGUAGGCAUAUGUGGCUGCCUUUCGAAGAUUUCAGAACGAUCAUGGACGAGACGGAGAAUGCGGUGUGCUUCCACCUCAAGGAGCAGCCCGUGAUGGAUGUUACACCGACCACUCCGGCGUACAUGUUGUACACACUCGCGGGCGUUGAGGUUGUGGACCAUGUUCCAAUGCGGUGCACGCAGAAGUCAUGCCGCAUCUACCAUCACUACAACUACCGUUGGCAGGUCGUACAUGCUGCCGAACAGCUUUGGUCUACGGAUACAACCAAAGUCCAGACCCGGAAGCUCUAUGACCUUGACAUCGACAAUCCUCUCGAUGAUGACUUCGUGGACAAAUACUCGCAAUGGUGGCACUCACAUCACCUGUCCAACUUCGAGCGCCGGUCUAUCAAGGAAAUUGUGAUGGACGGCCAUGAAAAAAUUUCAACCAAGUGUUCGACCACACCCCCUUCGCAUGCUGGAAGGCCACGGAAAGAUGCUCACGCGAAACAACGUUACAAUGGCUGGUUCAUGAGCAUGGACCCAAAAAGCGGCCUCAUCCUUGCGGUUCGAGAAAUGAUGAACCCAGAAGACCAGAAGGUUAUGCUCGAAGUGCUUCAGCAAAGUCUAGCAGUGGCGCCCACUGCCGAUUGCAUCGUCUACGAUCGCAUUUGCCGAUGCAUGAAAACCAUCAAGAAGCACCAGGAAACGAAGCAGGACACGCACCUCGCUCUGUCCGAUGCGUCACCGUCUUGA